GUAUUUUAUAAUAAAUAAAAAUGAAGCUUUCUCUUAGUCUCGCCUCUAUCGCCGUCGCCAUUUCUUUUGGAUCUGUCGCUGAAGCUGCUUGUUCUUCCAAGUACGGUCAAUGUGGUGGUAUUACCUGGACUGGUCCCACUUGUUGUGAAUCAGGCUCCACUUGUGUUAGCCAACCCGAGAACAAAUACUACUCUCAAUGUAUUCCCAAUGAAUUUGUCCAAAACCCUGCUACCACUCAAAAGCAAACCACUACUGUAAAGUCCUCUACAACCACUAAGGCACCCGUCACUACGAAGUCUUCUACUACUACUGUAAAGACCACUACUACCGUAAAGCCCACCACAACUGUUAAGCCCACCACCACUACUACUACUACCACUACUGUGAAGACCACCACCACUACCUCUAAGGCAGCUCAAACUACCACUCCUGCAACUAAGGGUGAUUACACUACCAUCUCCGGUGGUAGCUCUGGUUCCGGUUCCACUACCCGUUACUGGGAUUGUUGUAAGGCCUCUUGCAGUUGGCCCGGUAAGACCAACACCGUCUCUGGUCCUGUUGAUACCUGUGGUAAGAACGGUAUUAGCAUUCUUGAUGACAACACUCAAAGUGGCUGUAACGGCGGUGGUGGUUACAUGUGUAACAACAACCAACCUUGGGCUGUUAACGAUGACCUUGCUUACGGUUUUGCUGCCGCUUCUAUUGCUGGAUCCAAUGAAGCCGGUUGGUGUUGUGGAUGUUACGAACUUACUUUCACUUCUGGACCUGUCUCUGGUAAGAAGCUUGUUGUUCAAGUUACCAACACUGGUGGUGAUUUAGGUCAAAACCAUUUCGAUCUCCAAAUGCCCGGUGGUGGUGUUGGUAUGUUCGAUGGUUGCUCUUCUCAAUGGGGUGUUCCCACUAGCAACUGGGGUGCUAGAUAUGGUGGUAUCAGUUCCGUCUCCGAAUGUAACAACCUUCCUUCUCAACUUCAACCCGGUUGUAAGUGGAGAUUCAACUGGUUCAAGAACGCUGAUAACCCAUCCAUGACAUUCAAGCAAGUCACUUGUCCUGCCGAUUUGGUUUCUCGCUCUGGUUGUAGCAGAAAGUAAAUUGUUGAAGCAACAAAUUUAGAAAAUAACCCGUAUCCCCCAUAUCCCUUUUGUCAUCCUUUAAAGAAAUAAAUUAUAUCAUAUUUUUGUACUGUUAAAAAAAAA